CUCAACCGUUCGUUUGGACGGUGUGACCGAGUUUUUUACCUAGCAACCGUCGGUUACCAAUGCUCUCUAACCCUGGUUAGACAUACCCCUCCUCAGAGAGAGAGAGGGAGAGAGGAGGGGAGAGAGGGGGAGAGGAUAAAUGAUUCCUCACACGGCUGAAGCUCUGGAAAUCUCGGGGUUUUAAAGCAGAGAGACAUGCUCUGAAAUCCUCUGAGCUCUUUGCCUCUCUCUCUCUCUCUCUCUUUCUCUCUCUCUGUAAAAAAGAGCUAUUGGAAGAAAGAUAAAAAGGGUAGGAAGGGAGGUUGCUCGUGUUUUUAUUGUCGAGGAGCGAGUUUUCUGUGGCAGCGGAAUUGCAGGACGAUGAUGUGACGAAAGAGCGAGCAUAUGAAGGAAAAGGAAAGGAGAGAGUAGGUGGUCGAAGGGCGUUUUGGAGCUUUACGUCAGAGAAACGGAGGAAGGAAACAGGAGGCUUUUGGGCCUUCCCGAUCUUGAUAACGCUUGGAGACGGAUUUGAAGCUAAAAUCUGCUGGAGUUCGUCAAGGAAUCGAAAUUUGAAGGAAGAUCUGCUCGAAUUUCAACCGAAUCUGCUGAAAUCGCAGAAGAAAGAGGAAUUCGGAGCUCAAAUCUGUUGAAAUUCGAAGGGUGAGGUUUUGAAGUUUUUUUUUUUAAUAUAAUCUACCAGAAGCAUAUGAAGGAGAGAGCAGAUCGAGUAAGAGCUCUGUUCUAAAAAGCUAUUGGAAAUGGCGUGUAAUCCGUCUGAGAUGCAAGAGCCGAGCAUCGAUACGGACAAGCUCAGCUACGAGAUCUUCUCAAUCCUCGAAAGCAAGUUCCUCUUCGGUUACGACGAUCAGAAGCUCUGGAUCCCCAAACAGAUCGCCACCGCCGCUGGUAACGAAGCACUGCCGCCGGCAGCCGCACCAGCUGCAGCUGCUGAAACUGGCAGCGUCGCCUCGAUCAAGAACCAGAGGGGAAAGGUCUGCAUCCUCAGCAUCGACGGAGGGGGAAUGCGAGGGAUUGUCGCUGGAAAAGCCCUAGCCUACCUCGAGCAAGCUCUCAAGACGAAAUCCGGGGAUCCGGAGGCGAGAAUCGCCGAUUACUUCGACGUCGCGGCCGGGACCGGCGUUGGAGGGAUUUUCACGGCGAUGCUGUUCUCGACGAAAGGCGGAGGUAGCCGACCGAUUUUCCGCGCGGAGGACACCUGGAAGUUCUUGGCGGAGCAGGGGAAGCGGUUCUACCGGUCGCCGUCCGGGAGCAGCGGCGGUCGCUUUCUCCGGCGAUUCCACAAGGGCAGUGGCGGUGGAGGAACUGCAGGAAUGGAGCGUGCGAUGAAAGAGGCGUUUACGGACAACGACCGGAAUCUGACGCUGAAAGACACGUUGAAGCCGGUUCUGAUACCAUGCUAUGAUCUUUCGAGCGCAGCACCGUUCCUGUUCUCGAGAGCGGACGCUCUGGAGACGGACAGCUUCGAUUUCAGGCUGUGGGAGGUGUGCCGGGCGACGUCGGCCGAACCGGGGAUGUUCGAACCGGUGGCGAUGCGGUCGGUAGACGGGUCGACUCGGUGCGUUGCGGUGGACGGCGGGCUGGCCAUGAGCAACCCGGCUGCGGCGGCCAUCACGCACGUGCUGCACAACAAGCAGGAGUUCCCGUUCGUGCGAGGGGUGGAGGAUUUGAUGGUGCUGUCGCUUGGCAGCGGUGGGGGGAUGAUGGAGGGUAGCUAUGAGUUCGACCAGGUGAAGGGAUGGAAGGCGAAGGACUGGGCCAAACCAAUGGCUAGGAUUGCUGGAGAUGGGGCCGCUGACUUGGUCGACCAUUCCGUGGCCAUGGCGUUCGGUCAGAGCCGGAGCAGCAAUUACGUCCGUAUCCAGGUGAAUGGUUCCAAUAUUGGCCGUUGUUCAGCCAACACAGAUUCCGACCCGAGCCCGGGCAACGUGAAGAUGCUGAUAGGUGUGGCAGAGGAGAUGCUGAAACAGAAGAACGUGGAGUCAGUGCUCUUCGGGGGAAAGAGGAUCGGGGAGCAGACGAACUACGAGAAGCUGGAUUGGUUUGCAGGAGAACUUGUGCUGGAGCACCAGAGAAGGAGCUGCAGAAUAGCCCCCACCGUUGCAUUCAAGCAAGCAACUCAGAGGGCCACCUAGAUUUUACUCCCGAUUUGUGGAAAAGUGAGUAGUUUUUUUCUCCCAACCCAUUGAAAAUCUUUCUUUUCAAUCUAUAAUGAUUUCUUGUGAGUAUUGGGCCCGAACUUGUUCUUUGAUUUGAUUGUGCUUACUGUCCUGUUCGACCCAAUUACCUAUCAAAGUGAAAAAAAGAAAAAAAAAAAAAUCAUUCUAGUUUCAUUUUU